AUGGACGACGAGGAGCUUUCGUCUCUCUGGCCCGCUGGGGUCGCCGUCGUCUUUGUAGGAUCCUUGGCAGGCGCGUUCGGAGAUACAAUGGUUAGACGGGCAUAUGUGGAUGCGGGAGAAGAUGUGUCGUCGAAGGCAAUGCUGAAGCGAUCGCUGUUCGUCUUCGGCAUGUUACUGACAAUUGUCCUCGAUCCCAUAUGCACCUUUGUCGCCCUACUUUUUGCCCCCACGUCGAUUGUCACUCCGUUUGCAGGCGUGCACAUUUUCUGGGCCAUGCUGAUCGCCCACUUUUGGCUGAAGGAGCACAUGGGGAGUUGGGAGAAAGUGGGCUCUCUCUGCAUCAUCACUGGGGUCAUGUUGAUGGUCAUUUUUUCUGGCAAACGCGCCAAAAUUGACAGCAUCGACGCCUUCGACUCCUACGCACGCUCCGCCGGAGCCAGUGCCUACCUCUUCUUUUCUGGGCUCUUCCUCAUCAUCAUCCUCGUUCUCGCCUUCUCGUGGUAUCCUUGCUCUCUAGGAAGAGCCGAGUUUGCUGUUCGUAGAUUAGCCACGUCGGUCGCUUCCGGCUUCCUCGGCGGGAACGCUAAUGUGGCCACAAAAUUUUUUACAAUCAUUUUCAUGGACCUGUGCGCCGGAAACACUUCUGUCUUUUCCAACUGGCGGACUUACGUCGUGACUCUCGGCGCGAGCACGGUUGGACUGGGUCAGCUGUUUUUCUUGAACAUCGCCCUUCGCAGAUACGAGGCGGUCUACGUCGUCCCCACAAUCAACAGCUGCCUCGUGGCCGAGGGGACAGUCGGAGCGAUUCUACUCCUCCACGAGACGCCCCGAAACUGGGCAGCCUUCGGCUGCGGCCUCGUCCUUUGCAUCAGCGGCAUCAUCGUCCUCACGACCAUGCACAAAGUCCAGCCGUCGGCUGUCGAGAGACAGCCAACGAGGAAAGAAACCCGGCAGAUCGAAAGCGGCGUUGAAGAGGUGGAGGGCCCCGUGACAGCGGCGAGCACCCCCCGCGGUUCGCUGAAGAGCCUGAAAACGCUCAGGCGCUCCUUCACCCGGUCGGCGACAGCUGUGGCCGAGAUGGCCGUGAUUUUGAACUCCCAAGCGAUCUUCAGCAUGUACACGCUGCAGGAGAAGCAUCCGCCCGACGAAGCCUCCGCGGACGGCGUCGAGGUCGACGAUGACGCUGUACACCCCCCCUGGCGUCCAGUGUUCUCGCACCUCGUCCGAUCCACUGGGCACAGCUCUUCCGCGGCCAGCGGGAAGUCCUCGCCUGCUCGCCGCUCGAUGGGGCGGCGUUCCUCCGCGGGCAGCCGCAAGUCUUCGCCGGUGCGUCCCCAGGCCCCCGUCUCCCUUGAGAGUUCUACAGGGUAG